AUGGCAUCCCGCACUUUCCUCUCUGCCUUCCGCCCUGCCGCAGCUCUGGCCAGCAGACAAACCAUUGCAUCGCGAAGCAUUGCCAGCAGCGCCGUCCUGAGGCACAAGGAGGACUCUCUCCACGACCCGGAAAGCACACAUGAAGCUCUCAACAAGUCAAAGAACGGCAAGGAGUGGAAGCCCGAGCUGGCUUCCAACAGCGAGGAGGCCGUCAGGGCUGAUCGCGAGAAUACCGAUGACAUCAAGACCCUGCAAGAGAAGACCAAGAAGCAGGCCGAGCAGAAGAAAUAA